AUGAGUUCCCCUGCGUUUGUCAUGGCUCCAAAUUUAAUACCUUCGAAUAAAUAUAACGAAAUUAUAAGAGAAAAUGGAAAUAAUGUAAAAAUGAGUAAUCGUGAUAUAUAUGAAUACAGUAAUAAUAAACUAAAUCCUGUAUUAUAUAGAACUACAACAACAUUAAAAUCACAUCAACCAGUAUACAAAGAAAGGGUUAUUUAUAACCCUCAUGUAAUUAGCCCAUGUCAAGUAAUUCCUAACUACAACCCACCGACAACAAAUUCUAGAAAAGCUAGCUGUAUGAAUUCGUUUCAAUGUUUAAAUGGAAACACAAAUGGAACUACACAUGGGAGCAUUUUUUCACAUGCAAGUUCUAGUGGCUAUCUGAAUGGGCCUAAUCUCGAUCACACUAUAGGUUACACUAAUAAACGAUUUUCAAAAAAGUUGAGUAAGGUACCAUGUCUGUUCAAUUCCAAACCGACAUUCUUUCCUGAUGGUUGCAAAAAAAUGCAAAGCGAUUUAUCAGGUGCAUCCAUCAGUUUUGAUUCACCUGUACAAAGUAUUAAAGGUUAUAUAAGACUAGAUACACAGGGUGACAUAGGAAACUAUGCAAAUAAUGAAAAGAAAAAAAAUAAAGAAAUCGAAGUAAUGACAAAAGGAAACCAUGUGGAACCUUUUAAAAAAAGAAUAACAAAAGAAAAAUUACCUGAACCAGAGAUAAAAAAUAAAAUAAAUGAAUUGAUAAAAGAAAAAGAUAAACAAAUAAACGCUUUAGAAAUAGAUAUACAAAAUGAAAAACGUAGAAAUGAAAUGAUGAUGGAAAGUAGUGAAGCAGAAAAGGAAAGAGAUUAUUCCAAUUUAGACAACAUAAAAUUAAAAGAAAAAUUACUAGAUCAAAAAAUAAAAUAUGAAGAAACGUUAAAACAUUUGAAAAAAGUAGAAUUAGAGAAAAGAUCAUUAAAAUCAAGUUUAAAUGUAAGAGAUAAAGUCUUGACGAAAUUGGAAAAUGAAAUUGGUUCUGUGGAUAACGAAAAUGAUUUCUUGCUUAGGUUGCAAGAAAAUACAAGUCUAAAUGAUAUACAUAAUAUUUUCAAAUUUUUACAACAUCGAGAUAAAGGAGUGAUGGAAGAAAAUUAUGGGAAGUUUGAAAAUCGUGAUGGGGUGAAAAACGAAAAAGGGAAACAGUUGAAUAAAACGAAUGAUACAAAAAAUAGACAUACAGGAAAAAAUAAGGAAGAAGAAUUUAGCUGGUAUAAAAGCAGAAGUAGUUGUGAAGAGGAAGGUUUGUUAGCUAAUGAUGACAUGUCAAAUGAGGACACAGGAAUUUCAUACAAAAAAGGGAAGAAAUCACUCCAUAAUUUGCACUUAAGUUGUGAUAAUAACGAUAUAUAUUCUUUAAAAUCAACAAUUGUAGAAUUAGAAAAAGAAGUACUUGAACUGAAAGAAGAAAAUAAAAAUGUUAAUUUUAAAUAUGAAAACACAUUUCAAACAUUAAGUGAAUUGAGAAAGGAUACAUUAGAAUAUAUGGAAACAAUCGUUUCACGUGAUAUGCGAAUAGCAUAUAUGGAAAGUGCAUUACAAAAAAAUGAAAAAGAUAUAACAAAAUUGAAGGAUAAUCUAAAAAAACAACAAUUACUUUAUCGAGAAAAAGUAGAUAAAUUUACAUCUGAGAUAAAUAUUUUAGAAGAACAGUCAUCUCAUUUACAAUCAAUGAUACAAGAAAAAGACUCAGAAAUUGUUUUAUUAAAAAAUGAAAUUGUGCGUAAUGAGAUGUUAGUAAAACAAUAUGAAGAUCGAAAUAAAGAGUUACAAAAUGAGCUUAGAUUAAUGUGUAAUAAUUUAGAAAAUGUUAUAGAUGCAUCCAAUAAAAAAGAUUUGUUUAUGAUUGAAUUAGAAAAACAGUUAAGGGAAAAUGAAGUACAUAGACAAAAUGCUUACUUAAAAGAGGUUGCUAAAAAUAGAAAAAUACAUGCAAAUAUGAAAUUCAAAGAAGUAUUAUAUGACAAAUCAGCUAAACAUCAAGUUGAUGAAUUGCAAAAUUUAAAGAAAGAAUUAUAUUUAAACAAAAUACAAAUGCAGAAAGCCAGAGAUGCAUUUGAAGUGCUUAAGAACGUACCCAAAGCACAAGCUUUAUGUAAAAUUAAAAAAAAUCUAACACAACAAAAUGGCAUCAACAUUGUUCAUAAUUUUUCAGAAUGCAAAAAUGAUCAAGAUGACGACAAUGCCCUUUUAGAAAAGAAGUUAUCUCCAGACACUGGGGGUGAACGCAAGGCGAAGAUUUCCAUUGUCAAGAAGAAAAAACGUGGAAAUAAAAUAAAUGUUCAGGAAAUUUCCCAAGAACACACACAGGAAAGCACAAAGGAUGGUGUACAGGUCACGGCGUAA